AUGGAGAGAGAGCACGUGCAUGCACUAACUGCAGGAAACGUUCCCCCUCCUGGAAUCACGAGAAGUGAUGUCAAAAAUUACUCUGGUCUGUAUCUCUUUGAAGUAAUGGCAGGUGUGUUUUAUGAAGUUGUUCAGAGCUUCCCUCGAGUGGAGGAGAAUGUGGAGGUGGAUUCAUACCUAAGCAGCCACAGGGGGAGAAGGCACACAGAGUCCCUCAAAUCAGUGGAUACCAACAGAGCCAGCAUGGGGCAGGAUUCCUUGGAGCCAGGGGGUUUCACAGACCUGCUGCUUGAAGAGGGACAUGACAACGCUACACAGAUUGAGGAGGAUACAGAUCACAAUUAUUAUACAUCAAGAACAUAUGGCCCAUAUGAUUCUACCAGCCGGGAUCUGUGGGUCAACAUAGACCAAAUGGAGAAGGACAAAGUAAAGAUUCAUGGGAUCCUUUCCAAUACCCAUCGUCAAGCAGCAAGAGUGAAUCUGUCCUUUGAUUUUCCAUUUUACGGACAUUUUCUACGAGAAAUUACUGUGGCAACUGGAGGUUUCAUAUAUACUGGAGAAGUUGUGCAUCGAAUGCUAACAGCUACUCAAUAUAUUGCACCCUUAAUGGCAAAUUUUGAUCCCAGUGUGUCAAGAAAUUCAACAGUCAGAUACUUUGAUAAUGGCACAGCACUAGUUGUCCAGUGGGACCAUGUACAUCUGCAGGAUAAUUACAACCUGGGCAGUUUCACUUUUCAGGCCACACUUCUCAAUGAUGGGCGUAUCAUUUUCGGCUACAAAGAAAUUCCUGUCGCUGUGACACAGAUAAGUUCAACCAACCACCCAGUGAAAGUGGGACUUUCAGAUGCAUUUGUGGUCGUGCACAGGAUCCAGCAAAUUCCCAAUGUCCGCAGAAGAACAAUUUAUGAAUACCACAGGGUGGAGCUACAGAUGUCAAAGAUUACCAAUCUCUCAGCUGUCGAAAUGAUACCACUUCCAACUUGUCUCCAGUUUGCCAGCUGUGGUCCCUGUGUCACUGCCCAGAUUGGUUUCAACUGCAGCUGGUGCAGCAAACUCCAAAGAUGCUCCAGUGGAUUUGAUCGUCACCGGCAAGACUGGGUAGACAGUGGCUGCCCUGAAGAGUCAAAGGAUAAGAUUUGUGAGAAGAAUAUAGACACAACUGAAACACCUCUGUACUCCACCACCACCCUUCUGCCAACCACCACCAGGUUCAGAGUUUUAACAACCACCCGAGGGUCCACCACUUCCCACCUUCCCACCAGCCUGCCCACAGAAGAUGACACCAAGAUAGCACUGCACCUAAAAGAUAAUGGAGCUUCCACAGAUGACAGCGCAGCGGAGCAGAAAGGCGGAACACUCCAUGCCGGAUUAAUUGUCGGCAUCCUGGUCCUGGUCCUCGUUGUGGCUGCAGCCAUCCUCGUGACUGUCUACAUGUACCACCACCCAACGUCAGCAGCCAGUCUCUUCUUCAUAGAGCGACGUCCAAGCAGAUGGCCAGCAAUGAAAUUCAGAAGAGGAUCUGGACAUCCUGCCUAUGCUGAGGUGGAACCAGUGGGAGAAAAAGAAGGGUUCAUCGUAUCAGAGCAGUGCUAAAAUUUCUGGGACAGAGCACCAGUACUGGCCUACAGGUGUAAGACAUUUAUUCUGCCUCUCUUUAAAGAAAAGGAGCCCUACGCUGCUGUAGCCUGAUAGAAGGAAGAUUCUGGAUAAACUUUGUCCAAGAAGAAAAACUAUCUAAGAUAGCAGAUUACUACUGCACAGUAGUUUUUGUUAGUGGACUGAGACACAAUGGUUCAUGCAGGACACUUGUCAGUGGACACCUACAGUAUCAGAAUGUGGCCCAAGUGCCAUGUUAUUUGCUUUAGGUGUGGGGAUGCACAGUAAUCAGAAGUAUAAUAAAGCUUUGGUGCGCAAGGGCAUCGCCCUUUGGUUCAAGUCUUCUCUGUUAUCUCAAAGAUUGAGGAAAAAAUCUGUACCAUUUCAGUGCUAAGGGCACUGAUCAGUGUUCACAGGUGAUUGAGAAAACUGUCUUAAGACAGGUUAAAAAAAAAAAAGGAAUUUUCCAACAUUUAUAUAAGCAGAUGUGAAAUACACUUUCCAAUUCUAAAUUAACCUGCCAACCUGAGUGAGUCACGACCUAAAUGCUUUCCAGGAGGAAUACAGUGUUUCUUGUACAUUGCUGAUUACUAGCCUGCUAAACAAUUCAUGAUACACAGAUUGGUAAGAACUGAAGAAAACAGAGAAUUUUCACGGUGGUGGAAUUGUUUCAUGGGAGUUCACAAUGAUGUUGGGCUGAUUUUCAGUUUCAGUGUUCACUAAAAAAUGAAUUAUCAGGUUUGUAUUAAGGUGUAUUUUUCAUUUCUCAGCAGUAGGUUGAAGGAAAGGCAACAGAUCCUUUUAGCUGCCAGAGAGCUUAUGGACCAUUUCUUAGGCAAUGGGGUAAGAAAAAUAAGAUUUUAAAUAAAUGGGUUUCUAUUCUUUGCCAUUUCAUUGUGAGUCCUUACUGAGAAGCACCAUAGACUUCAAUGCACCCCUUCCAGAGAUUCAGAUACAAGUGUUACUGAACCCUGCUGAUUCAUACAGUGGUUUUG